AUGGAGCCCCCCUCAGCCCUUCUCCCAACACGUGUCCCCUGGCAGGGGCUCCUGCUUGCAGCCUCACUUUUAACCAUAUGGAACAUGCCCACGGCUGCUGCACCUGCCAUUGAGGCAGUACCACCUGCUGUCCUUGAAGGGAAGAACGUCCUUUUACUUGCUCACAAUCUGCCAGACAACCUUUCAGCCUAUCAUUGGUUCAAAGGGAAAGAGCCACUGGACAAAGAUCUAAUUAUAAUGCAUGAAAUAAAAUCUCAAGAAACCAAAGAAGGAAAACUACACAGUGGCAGAGAGACACUAUACCCUAAUGGAUCCUUGAUGUUACAGAAUGUCACCUUGAAGCAAUCUGGAAUCUACAACCUGAAUAUCCGUUCUGCAGAGUCUGACCAAAAAUCAAUGCUUGUGGAAGUCUCCAUAUACCCUCAGCUAUCCAAACCCUCCAUAAGAAGCAAUGGGACCACAGCUGUGGAGGGGCAAGACACUGUUGAAAUAACUUGUGACCCUCCCUUCCUGAAAACAACCUACACGUGGCGUCUAAACAGUAAGGAACUCCCAGGUGACAACAACAUCAGCCUGUCCCGGGGUAACACAACUCUCACUUUACUCAAGGUCUCCAGACAUUUAAAAGGACGCUAUGAGUGUGAAGUCCAGAACCCACUGGGUGUCUUUCGGAGUAACCCAUUCACUCUGGAUGUUUUCUACGGCCCAGAUAACCCCCAAAUAUUUCCCCCAGACAAAUACUUUGAGGAAGGGAAAAACCUGUGGCUAUCCUGCCAGGCGACCUCUCACCCCAAAGCACAGUAUUUCUGGAAUGUCAAUGGAGAACACUGGAGUUCUAGACAAGAUAUCUUUAUCCACAAGGUCAACAUGAGUAAUAGUGGAUUAUAUACCUGCCAUGUCAACAACCCAACAACUGGCCACAAUGAUUUCAAAGUCAAAGAAAUUACAAUAGUUGAGAACUUGCUGAAGCCCCAUAUCCAAAUCAGAAAUAGAACUGUCCUAGAAAACCACUUGGUGGACCUGACCUGCGUAUCAGAGAAUACCGGCAUUUCCAUAUUGUGGACGUUCAAUAACGAGAGACUGAAGGCCACAGACAGGGUGAUGUUCUCCUGGAAUAAUACAAGGCUCACCAUACGCCCAAUCACAAAGGAGGAUGCUGGGGCAUACCAGUGUGAGGUCUCCAACCCCUUCAUUUCCAAGCUGAGUGACCCAGUCAGCCUGGACGUACUUUAUCAACCAUCACAGAGAAAUUUCCCCAUGUCAGUUCCGGUUGCUGCUGCCUUGGCUGUUGAAGUUCUGGCUGGGCUGGCUAUCCUAGGAGGCCUGGCGUACUUCGUGUUUUUCAAGAAACUUAACCAAUGUCUCUGGAGAGGUGGGGAUGCUCAGAGCCACAACUGUGUGUCCUUAGUUCCUCGUGCAGCAGACGAGGAGCUGCACCUCUCCACCCUUUAG